AUGUUUUACAGAAUUGUUGUCAAGAAACCCCUCGAAUUUACACCGUUGGGCACUCGUAUACUUUCUCCAUCCCAUUUCGCUUCUCCAUAUCGCCAGGCACGGACUCUCCUACAUGUCUCUACGGUCCCUACUUCAUUACCGUGCCGGAAGGCAGAAUUCGACACCGUGUACAAUCAUCUCAGCGCUGCUAUCAUGGAAGGAACCGGAACUUGCAUAUAUAUCUCGGGUACACCUGGAACUGGCAAAACGGCAACAGUCCGUGAGGUAGUCGCACAGUUGAACGCAGCCGUACUGGCAGAAGAGAUGGACGACUUCAUUUUCGUGGAGAUUAAUGGUAUGAAAGUGACCGAUCCACAUCAGUCCUACUCAUUGCUUUGGGAAGCCUUGAAGGGCGACAGGGUGUCCCCUUCCCAUGCACUUGAUUUACUCGAGAGGGAAUUUUCACAUCCAUCACCUCGGCGUGUCUCAUGCGUCGUUCUUAUGGAUGAACUUGACCAACUGGUUACUAAAAACCAGUCUGUGAUGUACAAUUUCUUUAACUGGCCUGCCCUUCGCCAUUCCCGCCUCAUUGUGCUUGCCGUCGCAAACACUAUGGAUCUGCCUGAGCGAACACUAAGCAACAAGAUAUCCAGUCGUCUGGGUCUUACUCGUAUCACAUUCCCCGGCUACAAACACACCGACCUCAUGGAAAUCAUAAGCACCCGCCUGGCCAACAUCCCAGGAAACAUAGUCGAUGCAGACGCCAUCCAAUUUGCAAGCCGAAAGGUAGCUGCUGUCAGCGGUGACGCUCGACGCGCAUUAGAUAUCUGCCGCCGAGCAGUAGAAAUUGCCGAACAGGCCAGCGAGGCAGCAAAACUGGAACCGAUUCUAGAAGAUGGCAACGCAGAUGAUACUGAAUCCAUGCCACCAACACCCAGCAAGACUCCUGCGAGAAAGGAGAGAUCAACCAACAGGCAGUCCGCGCCUCCAAAAGCUCAACCGCCACAGAGACAAGGGCGUGUCACUAUCGCCACUAUCAAACAAGCCAUCCAAGAAGCAACCUCAACCCCGCUCCAGCAAUCCCUACGCUGUCUCCCGCUCUCCGCGAAGCUUUUCCUUGCCGCUCUGUUGGCCCGUGUGAAGAGAACUGGGAUCACUGAAUCAACCUUUGGGGAUGUGCUUGACGAAGCGAAGCGAAUUGCAGACGCUGCAGUUGCAGUUGCUGGCGCGGCUGGUGCAGGUAUCAAAGAGUACCUACUCAGUGGUGGCAGCGGUGCUCGCGUGCGUGCUCUCGGCUUUGCGGCUAUGGAACUGAUGAAUUCUGGAGUUCUUGCCCUCGAGCACGGACCAGCAACGAAAGGACCCCUGGGAAGUGCUGCCAUUCCUAGCAGAGGAGACAGGAGCGGCAAGGUUAGGUUGAGGGUGGCAGCCGAAGAUGUAAGGGCUGCGUUCCGUGAAGAUAUAGAAGCAAAGGGGUUAGGACUGGGCACGGAUCAGUAA